AUGUUUAUUCCAAGAGGGCGAUCCCACAAUGCAACUGUUGAACAUGACAGUGAGAGCAGUCAUCGUGUGAUAGCAGAAUACUACAGCGCCCCCUGCCUCUGGCCAGGGCUGGUCAGCGAGAGAGAUCGGCUGCAGGGAGAGUACAAUAAAGCCGUACUCGCGCGCAGCAAGCUGGAAAGCCUCUGCCGCGAACUGCAGCGGCACAACAAGGUCGUCAAGGAUGAGAGCCUCCAGCGCGCGAGAGAGGAGGAGGAGAAGCGCAAGGAGGUGACCUCCAAGUUCCAGACGACCUUGAACGAGGUGACGACACAGAUGAAGGACAAUCAGGAACGCAACGCCAGUUUGAAGACGGACAACGAUGAGCUGGCCCAGCGACUCAAGUCACUCGUCGAGCAAUAUGAGAAUAGAGAGGAGGUGGUCGAGAGGCAUCUGAAGACUCCGCCCCCGACUCCCGCUGACAACCAAUCACGCGUGAGCCCCGUCAACGAGAGCGGCUCAUUGGACAGCGGCGACGACUCGUCAGGCGGCGGCGGCGGCGGCGGCACGGAAGGUCGCGACCCAGCUCCGCCGCGAAGCAGCCCGGCGGCGCCCUCUACGCCCGGCGACGGCGAAUCCGACUCCAGCAGCAUGACAGCCGUCGUUGCCGCCCACGCCGACGCCCCGCCCCCGUCGCCCGAGAGCGGCCAAUCACGCGAGAGCCCUGACGGAGCGUCGAAGCUCGACGACGCGCCAUUGGCCGCCGCACCCGUCGCCCCGCCCCCCACGUCGGAGAGCGGCGAAUCGGGAGCCGGUCCGUCCGCCAGCCAAUUGGAAGGCAGGGCGUCGCCGCUGGAGCCGCGUCCCGACACCCUCGGUGACGACGGUGGCCGCCAGGGGUCAGCACCGCUGCCGGACGACAGUCACCAGGGGGAGUCGCCCGACCAGUCCACCCCGGAGGAGGAGAGCGGGCAGCAGCCGCCUCCAAGCACCCCCGAGGAAGGAGUGGUACAGUCUGCGCCCUCCCCUGGAGAGACUCCCGAUCCCGCCUUAGCCGCUACUCAGUCAGUCGAUGCCAAAGUACCCGACAGCCAAUCGGAUGGCUGCACCUUGCCGCCUGCCAGCCAAUCGGAGCCCAGCGAGAAACCCGAAACUGCCCAAUCGGGCGAGUGCUUGCCAACCGAGGUUAACCAAUCGGAGACCUAGCAGGCGCCGUUAUCCGAUCGCGCCGCGACCUUUCUCGGGCGCGACCCCCUCGGGUCGCCGCUCUGAGAGAUGCUCGCUUGUUUUGGAAUCGCCGUCCCGCUGACUCGCUAGCAUAGUUUAGUUUUUCGUUUUCACGUUUUUUCCUUCUCUGCGCAGCACUAACGCAUCUAUCUUUCUUCGCACUAACUCACUUCGUGUUCAUGCAUGCGUGUCGGUCGGGGGCGUCGCCUGGGCGUGGCAGGGGCGUGGCAGGGU